GUCAAAAAUUGUAAUUGAACAACAGCUUGAUGUAAUGAAUCCACCGCCCAGCAUUACCUCUACACAAACUUCGGAUGUCGUGGAGCAGGUCUCAGCCUCGACAAGUCAAGAUCUUUCUUCAUCAUUGUCCGAUUGCAUUCGAGCUUUAUUGGCAGAUGAAGAUCCGGACAAAAUUGCCCUUUGCAUUGACAUCCAAAGCUUCAUUCUUUUCUUAAACGCCAUGGUUGAUCGGAUUCUCCUUAAAGGUUCACCAUUUGAACUUUUCCAGAAGUCUCUCGAUCAUCAUGUGUCAGGAAUUAAAGAACAGGGGUGCGCCGAAUUGUCUAACUCUCUUGAAGCUUAUUUGGUUGAUCUUAAACAACACAUCAAGCAGUUGCAGAAUUUCCGAGCUAAUGGCGCGUCUUCUUACAUCACUUCCGAAAUGGACCUGAGGCUACAAGCAUGGCGUGAUUCUCAGAAAUCUGUUGAAUCCGAACUUCAAAUACUGAAGACUCGUAUUAAUCAACUUCGGGUAAGCGCCUCCAAGAAGACACAAAUCAAGGCAGAUCUAUAUCGUAACUUGGAAUCGCGUCGGGCAGUGGUAGCCGAAUUAGAAAAGAGACUUGCUGAAGCUAGAGAAGCUUGUGAAGUUUUAGAGUCUGAUCUGGCGGAAGUAACUCAAGCUGAAGUGAGUACAUUACGGCAACUGAAUCUUCAAGACAAAAUUUUUGCUGACAAGGAACAAGAAGCCGCCAAAAUCCGCAGCAUCGAUGAAAGGAAAUUUAAAGCCAAUCUGAUACCUGAGCUCGAACUGGCUUAUGCGACAAGGCUUUCCCAAUUAGAAGAUGAACUCCGCCACUAUAAAUUAUUGUAAUUUUAAGAACAUACAUUUAUUUUUUAUGCUGUUUUAUUUGAACUCUUUUGGUUAAUACA